AUGGUGCUGGAGUUUCCCUCCCCGGCCCUCAUCUGUGACCUCAGGCAGCCUGGACCAAAUACAGACGCUUGUGGGGUGACUUGCCGAGGGGGACGUGAGGAGACAGAAACCUAUGAGACACACUGCAUCUGCUUGGUAACGUCCAGCAGCUGGUGGUCCAGAGCCGAGGACCCACCUCCGCCCUACCAGCCCAGUGAGAGCUCCCCGGCCCUGCGGCAGCAGUCAAAGGCGCUGGACCACACAGAUGAGGCCGCGGCCCGCCAGGCACCCUUGGCCUUCCCUGUCCCUGCACGGCCUCCGCCCUCCAGGGCGGUUGGCUACCGGAAAACCUCCAAAACCAGAAUGCGGCCUGUCACCAUUUCUUUUCAUGUUACUCAAAAAGCAAGGCAAAAAAGGAAGGAGGAGGCUUACGGGCAGAAGACCGCAGGGAUGAAUCUUCAGCGAGGCUGCGACCUCAGACAGGGACGGGCCUCUUGCUCUGAGACGCGGCACUUCUGUCCUUGUUAUGGUGCCUACACCGUGUGGCUGUCACACCUGCGCAGCACUGCGACCAUCCAUAGCAUGUUCCCGGCCGCACUUCUGUGUGAGCGGGACAGCCUCACCGUCCCACGGGACGCCACGGGCAUCCCGGUACUCGGCGUUCAGCGCGAGACUUUGCACAGAGCCUUUGAGAGUCCAGCUUCCCCUCAGCACCCGCAGGGAGUGGACUGCAGCCCCCGCCGGCCCUGCGCACACCAGCACCCACGGCUGCUCAGAUACAAAGAGCCAGCUGUGCGCCCGGAGGAUAAAUUCCCAUUAGAGGUUGCUCGUCCAGUCUCUGGAGAGGGGUAUCAACGCCUCCCUCCAGCGGCGCAGGGCCCCCGGCCUCUCCCUACAUCCUCACAAGUGCGGAACCAUAUCCGGUUCAACACCAAACAGCUGGACUUGGCAAUCAAUCUGCGGAUUUUGACUUUAGAUACUUCUACCUCACUGCAUCUUACGUUUAAGGGUCUCCUUGUGGGGAAAACAGAAGCCACAAAAUGCUUCCGAUACGUUGUAUGGAAAAAUAAACAAAUCCAAAACGAUCUAGUUUUCCUCCCCACGACAGUUUCUGCUGUCUCACCGCUGCCUGGUAAAACCAUUGCGCAGGCUCCAGGCGGUCUGGCAGGACCUUCGAGCCCACCCGGUCGCGGAAGCAGACAGGGCAGACUGCGCUCCACAGUGGGGCCGCGGGCGGAGGCCUCCUCCUCGGGGUGCACAGACGGGCGGGCGGGCUCAGCCCAGGUCCCUGCAGUCUGGCCCCGACCUUCACCUGGGGACGGCGAGGUGAGCGGUGGACCACGCCCCCGCCCAGGGGCCGCCGCACUCAGCCCGCGACGACAGCGCCGAAGCCUCGGCGAGGGGUCGCAGGGGAAGGCGCGGCGCCGGACGGACACGGCCGGCCGGGGUCACGAGAGCGCGUGGGCGAAGGUGCGGGAGUUCGGAAAUCGAGAAGCUCGGGAGGCCUCGUGGGCUGUAACAUCGCGCGACCCACGUCCCCAGGAGCCUACGCGACCACCGCGACAGUGGACGCCGAGCCGGAGCCCCCGCCCCGCCCAGCGACCGCGUGGAAGUCCUGGAGGGGAUUUGGGAGCCAAAAAGAAAAAGAAGAAACAGAAGAGAAAAAAGGAGAAGCCAAAUUCUGGAGGCACAAAGUCUGACUCUGCAUCUGAUUCCCAAGAGAUUAAAAUUCAUCAGCCUUCAAAAAAUGCCACCAUCCCCAUGCAGAAGCUGCAGGAUAUCCAGAGAGCAGUGGAGCUGCUGUCGGCAUGCCAGGGCCCGGCCAGGAACAUUGAUGAGGCAGCCAAACGCAGGUACCAGUUCUGGGACACACAGCCGGUACCCAAACUAAAUGAAGUCAUAACUUCUCACGGUGCAAUUGAGCCAGACAAAGACAGUGUACGUCAAGAACCAUACUCUUUGCCACAGGGUUUUAUGUGGGACACUUUAGACUUGAGUAAUGCGGAGGUGCUCAAGGAGUUGUACACGUUGUUAAACGAGAAUUACGUGGAGGAUGAUGACAAUAUGUUCCGCUUCGACUACUCACCAGAGUUCCUUUUGUGGGCUCUGCGUCCCCCAGGCUGGCUCCUGCAGUGGCAUUGUGGGGUCAGAGUGUCUUCAAAUAAAAAACUAGUAGGAUUCAUAAGUGCCAUCCCAGCCCACAUUCGGAUUUAUGACAGUGUGAAGAGGAUGGUAGAAAUCAACUUUCUUUGUGUUCAUAAGAAAUUGAGAUCCAAACGGGUAGCCCCAGUUUUAAUCAGAGAAAUAACCAGAAGAGUGAACCUGGAAGGAAUCUUCCAGGCUGUGUACACUGCCGGAGUGGUGCUCCCUAAACCUGUGGCCACGUGCAGGUACUGGCAUCGAUCCCUGAACCCCAGAAAACUGGUAGAAGUGAAGUUCUCCCACUUGAGUAGAAAUAUGACGUUACAGAGAACAAUGAAGCUUUACAGACUGCCGGAUGUUACAAAGACCUCAGGCUUGAGACCAAUGGAACCAAAAGAUAUUGAAACAGUCCGAGAAUUAAUCAACAGUUACCUGAAGCAGUUCCACUUGGCUCCAGUAAUGGACGAAGAGGAAGUGGCCCACUGGUUCCUCCCCCGGGAACAUAUCAUCGACACGUUUGUAGUGGAGAGCUCCAGUGGGAAGCUGACGGAUUUCCUGAGCUUCUACACACUGCCCUCCACGGUCAUGCACCACCCCGCCCAUAAGAGCCUCAAAGCUGCCUACUCCUUCUACAACAUCCACACGGAGACGCCACUGCUGGACCUCAUGAGUGACGCGCUCAUCAUAGCCAAGCUGAAAGGAUUUGAUGUAUUCAAUGCUCUAGAUCUGAUGGAAAAUAAGACCUUUUUGGAAAAACUCAAGUUUGGUAUAGGAGAUGGCAAUUUGCAGUAUUACCUAUACAACUGGAGAUGUCCAGGAACAGAUUCUGAAAAGGUUGGACUUGUACUCCAGUAGAUGGAUCUGCUGAUUUCUAGGGCUCUCCCAGCCUCAUUUGUUAACACUCUAUUUAACAACUCCUGGAACUGCCAUUCCAAAGAAGAGUAAAAGCACAAGUGAAAUUGAAGUAGUUGGUAACAAUCAGAAAAAAUGAAAAAUACCCGUGUGACCAGUAGUACACAUUUCUAGCUAGAAUGUUAAAAUCUAACCUGUUUUUGCUGUUUACCCACUAGUCAGAAGGAUGAAAGGGUACAAAGAGCACAUUCCUCUAGUUUUCAGACUUUCAGCUCUUCUGGUGAAGAAAGGGUAUUUUUCCACUGUCUAGAAAUGGGACUGUUUUUCUAUGGACUAAACAGAAGUCACAGCAUUGUGUAAGAAAAUCCUUGCUGCUUUGUGGAGAUAAACUGCUGCAUUUGUAUUUAUUAAAUGGUGGUGUAUUUGUCUGUGUAACAGAACGAAGGAUCCACCUGGAGAAUUUCAACAUACACCACUAUGUGUGGUGUCACAGGGAAUGUGUAUGGAAUCACAAGUGGAGGAUAUCCAUGAUGGACAGGGCAUUUACUCCUCUCUAAGCAAAGUUGCCAAACCAAUAAAUAUACAGAUUUGUACUUUGA